CGAUUGCUGAAGUGGCCUCUUGCUGUUGUAUUAUUACGAGAAGCUCUCGAACAAAUGCCCGCAACGCCUUUCCAGAAGGAAGCCUGGGCCGAAUACGGCAUCGGCGUGUUUAUCUUGUUCCUCCGGUGUUUUGCUCGGUGGAAAGUGGUGGGCUUCAGGGGCUGGCAAGGAGACGAUUACUUUGCUCUCCUGUGUCUUGUAUUCUGGACCGUGGAAUUAACCAUGUUGGAGCUUAUUGCAGGUCAAAACGGGACCAAUAUCGGCGUAACAGACGACGUCGGUGUCACCCUAACCGAGGCGGAGAUUGCCAAGCUCGAGUUCGGGUCGAAAUGUUUGCUGGCAGGCUGGAACUUCUACGUUACACUGAUCUGGUGCCUCAAGGGGUGCAUGCUCUGCUUCUACAACCGCAUCACUCUCGGCCUCAAGCAACAGAAGGUGGUCAAAUGGACGGGACUGGCAUGUGUGCUUGCCUACAUUGGCGUCAUCGCUGUCAUUUGGGGCCACUGUACACCAAUCCAAAAGAAGUGGCAAGUCGUGCCAUAUCCCGGUGCGAACUACCUCACCCUCGUCGUACUGAACCUGUCCACCGACUUUGUCAUCGUCUGCAUCCCACUGCCGCUGCUGUGGAAGGUCCAGCUCAGCAUAAAACGGAAGUUGAUCAUUGGCGUGCUACUCUGGUCGGGCGUCUUCAUCAUGAUUGCGACCCUCCUGCGCUGUGUCCUGUCGCUCAAAGAUAUCAACGGCAUCAAUACCAGCACCAUUUGGGCCAUUCGAGAAACGUUUGUCGGUAUUUUUGCAGUCAACGCCGCCAGCAUCAAACCCCUUUUCUCGACCUCACGGUGGCUCAACUCGAGCAAGGGAAACAACAGCAACAGCAACAACAAUAAAAUCAGCGGCAAUACGGACCAGUACUCGCAUCCCUUGGUCACCAUUGGGCGAAAGAGCACCAGGCAAAACUUGUCUUCGGAACAAAGGCACGAGGCGGACCUGGACGGCAACUCGAGCGAGGAGCACAUAGUCAAGUCUUCAGAGUAUGGCGGUGGGCUCCAGAACAAUAUUCGAGCCGGGAGCACGGCAAGCGGCCAGAGUGGGCAUCCGGAUGGAAUUGUGGUUACGACAACGUACGAGGUCAGCCCGUAUAAGUCAACACUC